UACCAUGCAAUAUUGCCUGGGGAAAAUAAAACGGAUUGAGAACGGUACUGAGAAGGACACAGUGGAGGCUGACUGCAGGACUGCGACAGCUACAUCCACAUCCUGGACAAACCUUCGGUUAACUGCAUCAAAUAUGCAGUUUGAGGCCGAAUGGGAGACUUCGUUCCAACCAUCGAUGCCGUCUACUCAGUACUACAUCAAUAGUUACAGUAUAGGGGUCAUCGCGGCUUCGGCGGAUUGGCGAAUGGAGAGAGGCAAUACAACUAUUCAGACGGGGACCUUGACGUGCAAGUGGAAUAGCCCGAAUUCGCCAAACACGGCCAUGCAAAACUGUACUGAGAACGUCAUGAUUCCAGAGGAACCACAGCAUGGGGACAGGUUGCACUUUACAACAAAGGCGACAAACGGUGGGUAUGUCAAACUUAACAACUACGACUACAGUUGGACCCCGAUCCGCACCCACUACUACACCGGACGGGAGGUAUCCCACAGCGCGCAUUUCACGUUUGACUUCCACGAUCCCUACCACUGUUCAACCAGAGGAAACUGUACUGAUGUUAUGUUGGAGAGGGGUCAAGCGAUUACCAAAAACGGUGACAUCACCCUGCGCUGGUCCGGCUGGAGAGAUGACGACUCGGGGAUUGGAGAGUACGAGUACGAGGUGUUCAAACUCCGGCCGUUCGGGGACGUGCUGGGGAUGAGAGGACUGUCUCCUGUACCCGGACAGACAGGCACGGUUGGAGCGGCCACAAGUCAAGCCAACAUUCACCUUACAGAACCAGGGGUGUACAGUAUAGUACUGACUGUUGAUGACGGCUGCGGGCCGAAUGACGGGAACUUCGUCAUCACACGGAGGUUCCUCAUCUAUGACGACAACAGUACAGUUCAGGCUGACACAUCCGGGCACCAUCCCAUGUGGGCGGAGUCAGCCUCUAACGUCACCGGAAGGGUGUGGCAAACCAACCUGCAGGACGCCAUGGGAAAUGGACCACAGGUGACUAUUUCGUGGCCGGACCACUUCUGCAACGAACUACACAAACACAACAAGUUUCUAAACGCCAUAGAAGAACAUCCUUCGCCCAUCCUGCCUGGUUACGAAGAACUUACUGGCCAGCCCCCAGCUACCCGGUCCCGUGAAGCCAUCCCGAACGUGAACACCAUCCUGCUGUUCCAGACAGACUGGGCUGUGGACCAUCAGGGCGGGAGGAGUCUCAGCAGCCCGCCGGGAAACUGGCAGAACGUCACAGAUAUGACGUUACAAAGACAGAGUCGUGACGUCCCUAGAGAAGACGGAGACACGGUCCGUUUCUGGGUUCGUGCUUAUGACGUCAUGAGCAACUUUGCUGACGACUACGUCACCAUUCACGUGGACUCGUCUCCUCCUGUGAUAGAGGACAUAUUUCUGUCACGUGGCGGAGUAAACACUUCGGCAGUACAUCACUCACAAGAUCUUGAUAAGAUGACAGUCGUUUUUACCGCCUACGAUGACCACAGCGGCCUUCAUAACAUCCACUGGGAGUUACACGACAUGGCAGACCCGACAGUCGUCCAUGGGGAGGGGCAAGUCGCCGUCAGGAGGCCAUCAACUAUCCAUCCCGAGUGUACUCCUCCAUUCUGCACCUGCAUCCCCAAAGAUGAGGAGUGUUACUUCCGCAACUACGAGUUUUCACCGGACAAAAACAAGAUGAACAUCUCAGAGGGAACCCAGUGCCACGACUAUUACAUCAUCAUUACUGUCACCAACAACGCCAUGCUGCAAACACAAGAAAGGUUCCAGAACUUCACGUGUGUCGACCUCCCUAACGACUUCCUCUGUGAUUGUGGAUCAUCAACUUGGCCGUACGCCUCGCAAUCCAUGCCACCAUGGCAGAUCGCGCUCAUCACUGUCCUGUGUCUUGGUGUCACCAUUGCUGUCGUCGUUAUUUGGGCCAUGCGUUACGCAUCGAAGAAGGACAAGUAUAAAAUUGAGCCACCCCGCAUCUCAGAUGAAAACAUCGAGUUCACCAAUAUGUAUACCGAAAGAACAAGUGGCCUCGUAGAGCUAAAACAGAACCCGGGGGUUCGUCCUGAGCUGCCAACCGAGGCACCACAAGCACCGCAAGUCCCCCUGAAGGCCCUGAAAGAGACAGGCCCAAACAAGACCAAGACAAUGGGAAACCGUAGUGCACAUCGGCUGCCUCCCAUGGAAUGAAGAAAUCCACUCAGCACCCGCCCGCUCUUUAACUUGUGACACCUGGACAAUGGAUUGUGUAGCUUUGAACUUUCCGCUUUUGUUAGAGUCUCUUUCACACAAAAUCAAUUGGCUUUAUUUUAGCUGGGGUUCAGCACAAAAUAUCUAUUAUAGAACAUGCGCCGUGUGAGUAGACUAAUUGUGCAUUAUGGUAGAGUUUAAAUUGCUAGAAGAUUGAAGUGGCAUUGCUUAUAUCCAAAUAUAUAUUAGAAUGUGCAAGUUACGUUCGGUAACGGUUUCUGAAAUGUGAUCCUAUCGUUAACUCUUUAAGUUGCUGUUUUUACAAACUCGAGACAUUAAUUGUAUAAUGAUAUAGAAUAAAAAAUAACACAAUUAAUUACAUCUAAGGCCACACCGAGUUAAAUUUAUGGAUGACAUACUCUGAAGACCCCUAAACUAGUGCGUGCGGGCGAAUAAAAAAACUUCCGGCCCAAAAUAAAAAUGUUACUAAACCACAGGAAUACAAAGCUGGUAUUGUGAAUUUGCUGCAGCACAAAGUGGAGAUUACGACAGCGACUUUUUGCGGAAUUUAUGAAUCGGCGCUUUAUGUACUGAGUUCUUGAGUCGUGGAGCUUUGGUAGCCUGGGUGCCAUCCCCAAGAGUUACCACCUCCGUAUUGUCGCUAACUACCAAGGCCUAGAGCCAGGCAAGAGCCUCGGAGGACGUGAUCUCUUUUUUUUUAUAACACUCGAAAAUCAAUGCGCGCGCGGAUGUCAUCCAUGAAAUUAAAUCGGUGUGGCCUAAAGGUAACCAACGCUUGAGAAAAAAUUCGUAGCUCACUCUGACGCUCCCUCCCAUACGGCAAUAAUAUUAGGACCUCUUUUAGUAUGUACGGGUAUAUCCAAAAUUGGGGAUGGGAACCCAUGCGAGUUGUGACUCCGUAUGUAUGAAAACAUGCUCUAGUAAAAGGUUUAACUUUAUUCCAACACACAAUUAUACAGGGAUCAAAUUUUCAGCGACCACUGUUGCCUUC